AUGACUGACAGCCAGAUUCACUUGUCCUACUUCAUCUGCGGACCGGUCUUCCUAUUGAUGGUAUUCAUCUACUUCUACUACUGGUAUCUGAAUGUCCGCGAGUGUCGAAGAUCCCGGGGGCGCGAGGCCACGCCUGUUUUGCAUGACGAUAUCUCUGCGGAGCGACUGCAAGUCUAUUGACAAAGUGCUUGGGCUCGAGUUAAGUUCAUGUGAAUCACCGCACUGCGAGAAACAUAACAAGGAACAGUAAGAAGGAAGCGAUUCAAUUAAACUUUUGGUCAAAAUCUUGUCAAAAUCAAAGUCUGCUUAGCAACCGUUGGUAUGUUUGCUGCUGUAUGCUGCAUUUCUUAUUUAUAAAUUGAUUAAAUUAACCUUAUAUU